AUGGAUGAAGAAGAAUUACUGUUGGAAACACCGAGUACAUUUGAUGUUAGUAACUUAAGCGAGUUGGAUGAGUCGGCAAUUUUGGGUGAUGACGAUAUUCAAGAGGAAGGAAGCAUAAAAGACGAGAUUGUGGAACAUCAUGAAGAAACCGAAGAACUUGAUUAUGAUGAAGAUUUGGAAGCCGAAAAAGCACCACGUUUAUCGAAGUUCACUUCUGAACGGACGAUAAUGCAGAAACGUUCUUUGUUGAAUGAAGCAUCGUCAAAAAGGGAUGAGCAAAAUCGAAGUGCUCCGACAAACAGUGCGUCAGUCAGCAAAUCGGUUAAGCCGAUAAGUUUGGAGGAUAACUUGUCUCGAUCAUCUCAAGUGCAUUCGGUGAAGAACACGACAGGCACAACUCGUGCACCGAAAGUUUUCAUUAACCCUCAUCACAGAGGCGUUCUGAGACCACAAGGAUCAACACCACAUAGCUUACCGUUGCCAUGGGAAGCGGCAGUUAGAGUACCUAGUGUACCAGGUUUACGACAUCCGGUAGCCCUUCCACUACCAAACAGUGUCACAAUGUUGCCACAAGUGUCACAUUCAGUCCCUUUUCCUAUUGUUCCAUCAUCAUCCACAGAUUUCUCGCGUCCACCACCCCAAAUCAUGCCACUUCCAAAUUAUUCAACACCACCUCCAUCUGUUUAUCCUAGUCAGUUUAUGGCAGAGUCUCUUGGCUUAAUUCCAUCCGUUGGACAGUGGGAUCAAAUGGUGGAAGGUUUUUUGCGUCGUACAACGGCUCAUAGCAGAUCUCGUUUCUCACGUUCACCACGUUCUUCCUCUUCUUCACGUUCAAGGUCGCAUUCUUAUUCAUCGCAUUCCUCAAGUUCUACAGUAUCUUCGCGUUCUUCAUCACGUUCGCCUUAUCGCCGAGUUCAUUCACGCAGUCGCCGUUCAUCUUCACGUCGUCCGUUCAACCAUCGUUCAAGGAAUGAAGUGAUACGUCGACGUUCCAGAGACCGUUUGAAAAAAUCUGGCGAUGGUCAUAGAGAGUCGGUAUACCAUUAUGAUCGUACUAGAAAUCGUGCAAAUGAUGUAGCGAAGCAGGAAAAGACUAUGGAAUGCGCGAAAGCAAUUGGUUUAGACAGUGAAUAUUUGACAAAGCUGGAGGAGCAGAAAAAAAUGCGCGAAGUGAUUUUACGAAAAAAAGAAGAGCGGCGUAUUCAAACUGUUCAACGUCUUGGAGGACCAAUUUCUGCAUCCGACCAGAAGUCUAUGCGGCAGUUGAACCGUACCAGUAAUUUCGGUGAACGGCGACUUGAGCACAAUCGAAGAAUGGAUGAAGAGCAUUCCAGCAGACGAAAAUUUGACAGUAGGAUGCGAAAAACUAGUGGAAUUCGAAAUGGAAGAAAGGAGCCUGUGAGUGGUACAAGUAGUGACGUUUCACGAGAAGCCGUUAACGUUAACCGACUAGAAGCAUCAGUUUGUGCGGAAAAAGGUGUAGCUACUAAUAGUAGUGUCAUACAAAAAAUGGAACCUGCUGUGGUCGGAAAUGAUCCCAAUAUGGAGCAAACGGCUGCAAGAGUUACUGCAGUUACAUCAGUUCGUCGUGCUAAGCGAGAAAACGAACAGAAUCCGGAGCGAACACGGAAGAAGAAAGCUUAUUUGGCUGUUGUUAUCAGUUCAUUGAAUCAGGCUCCGAUCAAUGUAGACAGAAUCAGGAUCAUUGCUGAGACUAUUGGGCCUACUAAGAAAGUGUGGAGAUCGUCGGAGAAUACCGUAUCGCUUAUUUUUGAGGAACAUGAGAGCGCCAAGAAAUUCAUGUUUCAUUAUCACAAUCGAGUAAUCCACGGUGUACAACUUGCUGUAACGCUACAAAAAUUGUUCGCUAAUUUGACGGAACUUCCAUGA